AUGUCGACCGAAUGCUUUUCUAGCACCUUCUGCAGCGAAUCCUUGAGGUCCUGCCCCCAAAUGGCUCGGGUCUGCAUUUUCGCCGUCACCCUGCUGUGGGGCUGCUUGGCGUCUUCCUCCUACCACACGGCAGUUGCACCCCCAGAAGAUCUGCAGAUUACUGAUCCUGGACUUUUAGGUUCCCUCGAUAUAGAGUGGAAGCCUCCACUCAACGUGCAAACAUUCAACACAUGCACAAUAAAAUACAAGUUUGAAUAUCGUAAUGCAGGCGACAGAGACUGGAAGGUUAUUUUUACUAGGAAAUUAAAAUUCAGAGUUGGCUUUGACCUCAGCAGGACUGCUGAAGCGAAGGUACAGACGCUGCUCAAAGGCCCGUGUACCAAUGACGUGGAGGUUCAAAGCGAAUGGAUCCACACCACCUUCCAGGUCCCGCUGCAAGGCAAACUGGAAUCAGAAGUUAAGGAUUUCCACUGCAUCUAUCACGACUGGGAAUACCUCAGGUGUACCUGGCAGCCAGGGCUGCUCGCGCCUCGCGGAGCGCGCUACGGACUGUACUAUUGGUACGAGGGCCUGGACCGCGCUGAGCAGUGCGAUGACUAUAUUCAGGAUCGCGGGAUAAACGUCGGCUGCACGGUGCAAAACCUGAGCCAGGCAGAAUACAAGGACCUGACCAUUUGCGUCAACGGUUCGGCAGCGGCCACGCUGCUGCGACCUCUGUACGUCACCGUCCGCCUCCAAAACCUAGCAAAGCCGUCACCGCCGGAGGGGCUGGCGGUGUCCAUGUCCGACUCCGAGGAGCUGCGGGUGGCGUGGAGCCCGCCGGGCAGGGAGACACCGGCCCAGUGCCUGGAGUACGAGCUGCAGCUGGCAGAAGACCGGGGCAACACCAAGGCUGCCUGGGUGUCCGUGUCAACGCAAAUGGAGACUGCCUUCACCAUUCCCAGAGCAAAUCAAAGCCGCGUUUCGUGUGUCCGUGUCAGGGGCAGAACAAAUAUUUUCUGUGCCGACCAGGGCUUUUGGAGCGAAUGGACGCAAGAGUGUUUCUCUGUGUCCAGAAAAGAGGACAAGCAGCUAUUUAUCCUCGUUCCAGUCAUUCUGAGUUUUUCAUGUAGCCUCAUCGUAUUUAUGUUGAUUGGCCAGUGCAAGAAAAGAUCCUCAGCAGGAAAGCCGUUGCCCUCGUCCAUGGGAUGCUAACUCUGCUAACACGACGACUGUCUCGCUUGUGUUUGAUGGAUUGCUCUGAGAUCAUCCCAAGGAGAGACAAGGAGCCCUGAGCUAUCUAAAGUCCCUUUGGGCCUUUCCUACUUGCUGCCAUUUACAGGGUUGAUUGAUGGAUUUCAAAUCCUGAACAGGACCAGGAAAACCUCGAAAGAGUUUCCAAACUGAAUCUGGAGCAAACCAUUUCUGAUAACAGGACAAGGGAGAAGAACUGCACUGGGAACUGCAAGGAAUAAAGGCACCAUUCUGCUGUGCGGGUUUUUCUCCUGCUGUCAGCAGGAGGCAUACUGAAGGGCAAUAUCUCACACGCAACACUACAUACUAAUGCCUGCAGCUUCCGCCUGCCUUCCACCGUGUUUGUACGGUCCUUGCUCCCCCCGCCUGGCG